ACCAAUCACAGACAAGAAAUUUAUUAAGCAUUUUCGGUGCAAUCAGCCAUUCCAGUCCUUUCGUUCUUCGUUUUGCUCUUCUUAGUAGCAAACUUCAGCGGGGCAGAAGCGAACUGGUGUUGCACUGCGCAGGACAGAGAUCUGGUUGUUUUCAAGGGAAAGAUGGCCAGGGCAGCUGGAGGUCCCAUCAAAGAGCUCUGUGAGGAAGCGACUUGUCCCAUCUGCCUGGACUUCUUCAAAGAUCCAGUGACUCUAGACUGUGGGCACAAUUUCUGCCAUGUCUGCCUCAGCCAGCACUCGAGAGGGUUUGGCAUGGCUCUUUCCUGUCCUCAGUGUAGAGAAACGGAUCAGCGAAGGAGUUUCAGGCCAAAUCGGCAACUGGCAAAUGUUGUAGAGCUUGUCAAGAAACUUCAGGAAGAAAAAAGAGCUGAAGGAAAGUGGCAAGUGUGCAAGAGGCAUCAGGCACCUCUGAAUCUCUUCUGUGAAGAUGAUCAAGACCCCAUCUGCAUGGCGUGUGACAGAUCCAAGGAGCACCGAGGUCACAGCGUGCUUCCUCUGGAAGAAGCUUCCCAAGGACAUAAGGUCAGCCAGAGUAACGCUAGAGCAUGUAGUGUGGCAACCCAAUACCUGAAGAUGGAUAUGCCCAAAUUAAUUGAGUGUUGUCAACAGAAGGGGCUUGAGAGUCGAGGCCUUAGUGUGGAGGAAUUGAGGGUUCUCCUCAUCCAGCAAGCCAGUCAGCCGGAACAGGACAUGGUGAAGCUGAAAGUGGAGGAGCUGGAAGAGCAAAAAAGGAAAGAACCAAGGGAGAGGGAGCAAUUCCAAGCCCAGAAGAAGAUGUCUGAGGCGCAGCUCACAGCCCAGGCUGAGCAGCGGAAACAUGAACUGGAGCUUCUGCAGCUGAGAAAGAAAGAACCAGGAAAAACUGCCGUCAAGUCCUUCACUCCCUUUUCCCCUGGGGGAAACCCCGUAGAUUUCCUCUCUGCCUUUGAGAGAGCUGCACAGAAGCAGGGAGUGCCUGUGGAUGAUUAUAUGGAAUAUCUACCUAGUUUAAUAAGGGGGGAGUUAGUGGAGCUCUAUCACAACCUUCCUAAUGGAGGAUGUGUUACUUACCAGGAUUUUAAAGAGGCAGUGUUCAAACAAUUCCAGUUAAGAAUGGAUCGCUUUGCUACGACAUUCCGUAGCUUGCAACCUCAGGUGGGGAAAUCCUUCCUUGAAUUUGGGGUCAAACUAGAGGAAGCAUUAAACAAGUGGCUAGAUGGAGCGAUGGCUGAUAAUAGGGAAAAGGUUCUCCAAGUAAUAGCGCUAGACCAGUUUUGUGCCCGCCUGCCCUCUAAUAUACAGAAUUUAGUGAAAGCUAAAGCUCCAAAGGAUGUUUUCCAGGCUGCUGAAAUUGCAGAUCAACUGAUGAAUCGAAACAACUCGGAAAGGAGAACCCCCCAUUUUGAAAGGAGCAAGGGGUUCCAAAAAGGUGGGUGGGAGGAAGCCCCUGCCAAACAGGAGAAGGGAUCCCUGCCUAUUGAGCGCAAAAGAGCCCCCAAUGUGUCCAAUUUUAAAGAGAAAGCCUGCUACCACUGUGGAGAAGUGGGGCACCUCAAGGCUAAUUGCCCUAGGUUGGGGGAGCCUGUCUACAGAGUAACAGCAUGCUGUAAAGUUGGGCAUGAUCCUGAAGAAUGGGGCAUCAUGGAAACAGUGUUGCUCAAGGGUCAAAAAGUUAGGGGGCUGGUGAGUACUGGUGCAGAUAUCUCCCUUGUCCGCACUGAUUUAGUGUCCCCCUCAGAUAUUGUCACUGGGGAGUCCUUCAUCGUAGAGUCCCUCACAGGUGAACGCAACCCUGUUCCAGUAGCCCGGUUGCCGGUGGAAUGGAGAGGGUGGACGGGGCUUAAAGACAUUGGGGUGGUUGAAGAUCUGUUUGCACCAGUGCUCAUAGGGAGAGACUUGCUGGUUCUUGGCAACCAGUUCCCUGCAUUCACUUACAGGCAAAGCCAGAGUGCUGAGUGGGAAGGUAUUGGUAAAGACACAAAAAAUGAACCCAAAGGGAAGGCUAAACUCAAGCAGCCUUCCAUGGGAAUGAGGAACAGGCCUGCUGCAGAGGUUGUGGAGAGCACUGGCCCUAAAAAGAGGGGAAAUUGGGCUGUCGGGGAGAAUACUGGGUAUGUUGAUUCUCCAGUCAAGGCGGGUCUACGUGGUAUAAGCAGUGCAGGAGUGGAAGACCCACUGCUAGCAGAAGGCUGUGAUGUGACUGAGGAGGAAGGGAUUCAUUAUCCAGAUUUGCCAGAAGGCUGUACUUUGACUGAGGAUGGGGUGCUAAUGAUUGAUAGUAUUCUAGAUUUGCCAGAAGGUUUUGGGAUCAUCAUGGAUCCUAAUGAUGAUGAUUACAUGUCACAGGGUCUCUUACACAUGCUUCGACAAUCAGCAGCAGAAGUUCUCAAGGAAGCUAUGGAGUAUGAAGGCGAUGACAUCUAGGCAAUUUGGCUGAGAAAAUGGCUUAGCUCAAACAAAUUGCAGUAAGAUUUUGGUAUUAAAAAAAUGUUUGGGAAGGUGUGUUUUAUCGCUUCCAAAAGAACUCUCCACACUGCUUCCCUGGGAAAUCUUAGCCUUUUUUUAUUGUCUUGUUUUCUCAUUCUUAUCUGGAUACAAUACAAUAUUUCUCAAAAUAAUUAUAAAAGAAUGAAUGCCAAUCCACCUGAAAGAACAUCAGAGGCAUAACUAGGGAAAACGGCGCCCGGGGCAAGCACUGAAAUGGCGCCCCCCACCGUGCCCCCCCCCGCUGCCCCCCCAACAUACUACAUUAUACUUAGGUUUUUCCUCACAAGCGCCUGCCGCCGCCAAGCCAGGCCACUGACUGGCUGCCAGGCACCAGCAAAGCAAUGGGGCGGGGGCGCAGGCGGCACGGAAGGGGCUGCUCGUGGGGAAGGGGGCACCGACGCGCUCCCUUGACUGCUGCAGCACUGCUGCACUGAGCAGGAAACAUUUGUAUUAACAAAAAAAUAAAAUAAAAAAUUGGUCAUGGCGGCGCCCCCCACGUGACCAGAAAAGAUGGCGCCCGGGGCACGUGCCCCCCUGCCCCCCCUAUAGUUAUGCCUCUGAAGAACAUUACUCAAGCAUCAAUUCGAUAUACCACCACUUUGAAUGUGAGUACACUUCAAGGUGCAAAAUAAACAGAUUUUGUUUCCUUAAAAAACCAUGAUGAGUGUUUGAGCACUAACAUCUUCCCAUGGUAAGAUCUGUGGAUACUACCUUUCUUAGCAAAACUUCUUAUGUGCACGCUGGUGUAUGAAACAAUCCCAAUUAUGCCUUUGUCCCAGAAAAAAUUCAAGACGUUUUGCACCUAGAUGCAUUUUCCCCCAGUAGAUGGUUACAUAAUUUCAGAUUAAAUUAUAUUGCUGUUCAUUCUGGUCCCUUUUUGUGUUUGGAUCAAUAUUUUAUGGAACUAAUUGAAAUAACUAUAUUACUAUUUGGCACAAUAUAUACAAAAUUGUAUUGCAGACUGUUUAAUCAUUGCUAUAAAAAACUUUAAAUUGAGGUAGACCACUUUUGGCACUCCAGCUGUUGAACUACAACUCCCAUCAUCCCUAGCUUCAAUUUAUUGUGGCUCAGGAUGAUGGGAGUUGUAAUUCAGCAGCUGGAAUACAAAAGGUUGCUUACCCCUGCUUUAAAUGGUUUUGGCAAUUUUCCCUAUUACUCUUGCAACAAUAUAAAGCAAAGAUUACCUUUAAGGCAAGAAUGUGUUGGCAAACACAGAUCACCCUUAAUUAUUCUUACAAUACUGUAAACUAAAAGCUGAUCCAUCCAAUAUGGUAGAAUGUAAAUGCUGACCCAAGAUGUUUCUUCUGCAACAGUUGUAUAUACAAGGGAGAGAUGAGAGUCCUUGUGUAAUUGAAACGAGCAGCAAAAUUAUUAGCACGAUCUCCAGUUAUCAGUAGCUCCUCUAGAUUCUGAUUAUUGUCUAGCCAUAAAUACAAUAGAAUUCGAUGAAGGGCAUGCCACAGUUUUAACUGGAUGGAUCACUGACAGUAUUACUACAAAACAGAGUGGGGAUGGGAAUCUACCUCUUGACUAGAAUUUGAGAGGUGAGAAACUUUUAGCCAAAAUAUGGGACCUGUCCACAACAACUCUAUCUUAUUUGCCCAUGUGUUUUUGGGUUGUAAUACUAUCGACCAUAGUAUCCUUCUGGAGUGUCUGAGGGGGUUGGGAGUUGGAGGCACUGCUUUGCAGUGGUUCCACUCCUACCUCUCGAGCAGGUUCCAGAUGGUGUCCCUUGGAGACUGAUGUUCUUCAAAAUCUGAACUUUUGUAUGGUGUCCCUCAGGGCUCCAUAUUGUCUCCGAUGUUUAACAUCUGCAUGAAACUGCUGGGAGAGAUCAUCAGGAGAUUGGGUGCAGGGUGCUAUCAGUAUGCUGAUGACACCCAAAUCUAUUUCUCCAUGUCAGCAUCAUCAGGAGAGGACAUAACCUCCCUAAAUGCCUGCCUGGAGUCGGUGAUGGGCUGGAUGAGGGAUAACAAACUGAGACUUAAUUCAGAUAAGACGGAGGUACUCAUUGUGCGGGGUCAGAACUUGAGAGAUGAGUUUGAUCUGCCUGUUCUGGAUGGGGUCACACUUCCCCAGAAGGAACAGGUACGCAGUCUAGGGGUGCUUUUGGAUCGAAGCCUCUCCCUGGUCUCCCAGAGUCCCAGGUUGAGGCAGUGGCCAGAAGUGCCUUCUGUCAGCUUUGGCUGAUACGCCAGCUGCAUCCAUUUCUUGAGAUGAAUGUCCUCAAAACAGUGGUACAUCUGCUGGUAACCUCCAUACUGGAUUACUGUAAUGCACUCUAUGUGGGGCUGCCCUUGUAUGUAGUCCGGAAACUACAAUUGGUCCAGAAUGCAGCAGCCAGGUUGGUCUCUGGGUCAUCUCAGAGAGACCAUAUAACUCUUGUAUUGAAGGAGCUACACUGGCUGUCGAUAUGUUUCCGGGCAAAAUACAAGGUGUUGGUCAUAACCUAUAAAGCCCUAAACAGCUUGGGCCCUGGGUAUUUAAGAGAAUGCCUUCUUCAUCAUGAACCCCACCGCCUACUGAGAUCAUCUGGAGAGGUCUGUCUGCAUUUGCCACCGGCUUGUCUGGUGGCCACUCAGGGACAGGCCUUCUCUGUGGCUGCCCCGAGGCUUUGGAAUGCGCUCCCUAGUGAAAUAUGAGCCUCCCCAUCUCUGACAGCUUUAAAAAAGUCUUUAAAGACACAUCUGUUCACCCAGGCUUUUCAUAUUGGUUUGAUGGUUUUAAUGCUGUUUUAAAAUAUUGUUUUAAAAAUUUAAAAUUGUUGUCAUGUUUUAAACUUUUUGUUUUAACUAAUGUUUUACUUUCUGUUUUUAUUUUGUUGUAAACCGCCCAGAGAUGUAAGUUUUGGGUGGUAUAAAAAUAUGUUAAAUAAAUAAAUUAAUUAAAUAGAACAUCCUGUUUCUAUAUAAUUGGUAAACCUGUAGAUUUGAAAUUGAGAACAAAUAAAAUUUCUGUACACAAUAAAUUACAAUCUUCCUGAACUCUUUAA